AUGACGGCUCAAGCCAAUAGAGAAGUGAUAGCUACGGAAAAUCCUAAUGUGAAUUUGGCUGCUUCUAGGGUUAGGGAUUUUUCUAGAAUGAACCCUCCCGAAUUUCAUGGCUCUAAAGUUGAAGAGGAUCCCCACAGGUUUAUCGAUGAGGUGUAUAAGGUCCUUGAUAUUAUGGGGGUAUCUUCGGGAGAGAAGGCAGAGUCCGAUGGACAAGGUCGACCAAGGUUUAGACAAAGAUUCUCCAACCAAGGCUCCUGUAGUUCUCCAAGGGUAAAAAAGGAUGGGGUUUCCAACCCUAAACCUCAAGGAGGUGAUAGUGGUGGCUCUUAUGUUGCUAGGCCUAAUUGUGCAAAAUAUGGUAGAAAGCAUGAUGGCAAGUGUCUUGCUGGUACCGAUGGGUGUUUUAGUUGUGGGAAGAUUGGAAAUAAGAUGAGGGAUUGUCCAAUGCUCAAGGUUAAUGGAAGGGAAGAUAAACAAGCUCCUCCAAGCGGUUCCAACUCCAAUGCGCUAAAGCAAAACCGCUUUUAUGCUCUUCAAUCCCAAGGUGACCAAGAGAGAUCCUUGGAUGUGCUGAUUGAUAUUUCUUUCGAACGAGAAAUAGAUUUUGGUAUUCACCUCUUACCGGAUACGCAACCUAUCUCCAUGCCUCCUUAUAGAAUGACUCUGGCCAAGUUGUAA